AUGUCGUUGUCAUUACGAAGAGUUUUGGCACAUGCUCAUAUUGCGAAGCACAAUGUUGUAAGGAAGUUCACAGUUGCUGCAACACCCGCAAAGGCGAAACGUAUGUUGGAAUUUAUGAUGAACCGUUUCUAUUGUAUUUGUUUCUCUGAUGCAGAUGUUAGCCCAGAGAAACCACCCCAGAUGCAAGCAUUCACUAUUCAAAGGUACAGUCCGGAAUCCGAGACCCCAAGCCCGUACAUGCAAGAGUAUACUAUUGAUGUCAAUCGAUGUGGUCCCAUGAUUCUAGACGUCUUAUUCAAAAUUAAAGACGAACAAGACUCUACGCUUUCCUUCCGUCGAAGCUGUCGUGAGGGCAUCUGUGGCAGCUGCGCGAUGAAUAUGGACGGAAAAAACGGACUUGCUUGUUUGACCCCUAUUCCUUCGGUUUCUGAUGCGGCAGUCGAGAUACGCCCACUACCAAACAUGUACGUGGUGAGGGAUCUUGUACCGGAUAUGUCAAAUUUUUAUAAUCAAUACAAAUCUGUGGAACCCUGGCUGAAACGGAAAACUCCAGCGAAGCCAGGAGACAGAGAAACUCUGCAAUCCAAGGAAGAUCGGGCAAAACUUGACGGUCUCUAUGAGUGCAUUCUCUGCGCCUGUUGCUCAACAUCUUGUCCUUCGUAUUGGUGGAAUCCCGAGUACUAUCUUGGUCCUGCUGUAUUACUUCAAGCCUACCGAUGGAUUGCAGACUCAAGAGACGAACACACAACUGAGCGUCUCGCAGAAUUGAAUGAUACAAUGAAAUUGUAUCGAUGCCAUGGAAUCAUGAACUGCACUGCGUGUUGUCCAAAAGGUUUGGAUCCCGCUGCUGCAAUACAGAACACAAAGGAUUUGAUUGAGGCGAACUUCAACGAAGGUAACCUCAUUCAAGACAAGCAACUACUUCAUCGUUUGUUUAUAGAAUGGGACAACAUUAAGGCUGAUCUUUGUUCAAUUUGUUGUCAAAGUGGUAAUACAUUAUUGUGUGCAUCACCCAACCCCACCAACAUGUUCUAUUUUUCUGCAACUCAUUGGUCCAUUACUGGUACCUGGUCCACAUUGCUAGUUUGCACAAGCGGAAUUGAAUAA